AUGUUAGAAUCGAAUAAUGAAACUGAACGACCUUUCUAUAUUUCCUGUUUAUUUAGAUUCUCUUGCCCGGAAUGGCAAGCAGGCCCAUGGUCAGCGUGUUCAGAGAAAUGUGGAGAUGCUUUCCAGUACCGAUCAGUGACUUGCCGCUCAGAAAAGGAAGGAGAGGAAGGAAAACUGCUUCCUGCAGAUGCUUGCGAUCCUGCACAAAACAUCGAAUCACAGAGAAGCUGCAAUCUUGGACCUUGUGAAGGACUAAAGUUCUACACUAGUGAUUGGAAAUUGUGCUCCAAAUGUAACGAUACCGAAGAAACUCGUGAGGUUACAUGCAAAGACAAUAUGGGCAGAGCUUAUCCAUUGGAGAAGUGUUUGACCGAAGACGAAAAGGAAAUCCCACCUGAUACACGGUGAGU